CAGAUGGUGGACCAUCCGGCGUUCACAUGCACAUCUAUGGCUGCUGUUCUGGUUAACACAGUGUUGCUGGCGAUGGCCAGAGCAGGUAUGUCGCUAGAGGAAAAGCAGCGGCUGGACACUGCAUCCAUGGUGUUCACGGGCUUGUUUACUGUCGAGUGCGCUGUCAAGCUGCUUGGUUACGGACUGGCGGGUUUCUUCGCGGAUGGCAUGAACUGGUUUGAUGCCAUCAUCGUCGUGCUGUCCCUUGUAGAC